AUGACGUUUAUUGAUAAAAAUAUUCGAUUAUUCAGUGUCGACAGCGAGUUUAGUCCUGAUAUGCGAAUUUUCAAUGGUUCAUUUUUUAAUCAUCCAUUUUAUCGUGUUGUCAAAGAAAACAUUUGUCAAGUUAGCAGAGCAGUACGCAAUUUACGUGCUGGUGCAAGAAUUUGCCAAUCUAUAUCUAAAUCUAAACCAGAGCUUGGAUUUUAUGCGUUGUUGAAGAUAUUUGAUUACAACCAUGAUAUUAAAGAAGAUGAUCCAAACCUUUCUAAACAAAUUGAUAAAUCUGAUGAAGAUUUGUUUAAGGAACGACCAAUUGCGGUUAAUAAUUGUUAUAGUGUAGAUGUGUUUAAUGGAUUAAAGUCUUUGGCACAGCUACUUUGUGAUGACAACUUUACACACGAGCAAUUGGAAAUUUUGAGAGUGUUUGAACCAUUGGAAAAGUCUAAAGAUUCGGAAGCUGCUGGUGUUAAACGUAAAAAUGCUGAUGAUCUUAAUGUUGGUGAUAAAAAGCGUGAAAAUAUGUAA